AUGAACCAAGAACACAGCGUAAUUAACAUCGAUUCAGACGAUAUUAGAAACAAAAAUAAAGAAGUAUUUCCACCUUCUAAAAAACAAUCAGCCAAUUUUGAAGCCAUAGAAACUUCUGUCUAUAGCACGUUUAUUGGAUUUAUCAAAGAUUUAAAAAAUUUAAGAACAAUAGUAUUAAAGCAUGCCGAUCUAUUCGUAAUAGAUGAAUAUAAAAUUUUAGCAUCUUGGAAUAAGGAAUUUGUUGAAUACAAAAAUAAUUUUCAUAUACCAAAAGAUUUUAACUACAAUACAGACGAUUUUAUCGAAUGUGCAAACUUUAUUUAUACAAAUGAUGAAAUAGAGCAUUUAUUCGUUAUCAUCAAAAGUAAAAGUUCCACUGAAGGUAAUGUUUUUGUGUUCAUUUUAAUGGAUCCACACAAUCUCAAUAAUGUUAAUGAUAUAACCGGGAUAUAUAAAGAAUAUUUAUCCAUCGGACCAAAUUGUUUUCAGAAAUUUCAAAUACAAAAUAAUAAACUUAUAGGAGUAAUGCACUCUUACUGUCAUGUUUAUAAUAUUUUUGAUAAAGAAUCAAAAUUUAGUUAUAAACAUUUAAAAAGUUUUAGUAGUGUUUUUUUAUAUAUUCGUGAAGCUUUGAAAAAAUUACUAGGUAAAAACAUUCAAACUCUCACACCUGAAAAAUACGAAGUAUCAACUAAGAAUGGCACACUUAAAACUGAAUCAGAAUACGAAGGAUCAAUUAAGUGGAUUGUUAAUUAUAUAAAUACUGUCAAUCCUCAUUUGCAGUUUGAAGCUAAGUCACAUGCUAAGGUUGAAGCUAAGUCAGAUUCUAAGCUUGAACCUAAGUCAGAUGCUAAAGAAGUUAACAUUAACGAUAUAAUUUCAUAUGAUUUCUUAAGGAAUAAGGAUUUACUUUUAAUAACUAAAGAUGGUGUUUAUAUAUAUUCAUUAGAUAUGCAUGGAAAAAUCCAUGAAAGAUUCAAUAGUAAAUUUUUUAUAGAUAAUGUGGACGAAAAAAUGGAAAUCGAAGAGAAAAAGGAAAUUAUCAACAAAUUUAUCAAAUUUGAUUUGAGCAAUGUAGAUCUUAAUAAAUUAGAACUGUAUUUGGAUAUAUUCAAAUAUAUCUUAGAUGAUACCUUAAUAUUGGCAGAGUAUAUAGAAACUGAGGAAAAUGAAAAACAAAGUUUGAAUCGAAUUUCCAUUUACAAAUAUAUUAAAACCCUUUUAAAGAAAAGAAAAACUCAAUCUACUAUCAACCUGACUGUACCCUUUCCAAAUAUAUGUGUUUAUUCAGAGGAAUAUUCAUUUUGGAAAGAGUUAUUAUAUAAACCUAAUGCCAGUUUAUUUAUCAAGAUGGAAGUUCCUCAAUUAUAUAGCUCUUACCCUGUAUCAGUCGAACAAGUUACUCAAAAAAUCAAUGAAAUUGAUAACGACCAGGAUCCGGAAAAGCCAUUUAUUUCUGAUAAAUUGAGAGAAAUACUUAAUAUUCGUAAACCUAUUAAGGGGGAAGAUUUAUAUCAAAAAAUUGAAAACCUUGACAAAAAAAUUGUUUCUAUUCUAAAUGAAAUUCAAAAUCUUUCGCAACAUACUUCAUAA